AUUCAUACAAUGAGGGUCUGUGUAAAGUAGCAGUGCUGCUGCCUCGCUCUGCCACACAAAUGAUUGUCAAUGGACUAUUGAGACGGUUACUAUAGCUGCUCCACGCGUUUGAUCCUCCUGGUUGUGUUGUGAUCAGAUUAUUCCUCUGGAUGGAGUCGGAGAAACAAAGAGAGAAAGGACUCAUUUCCAAACAAUGCCGUGAGUCUUGAAGUUUGCUGGAUUUAAUGUCUUUGUAUGCUUCAUUCUCUCGCUCUGGGGACCGACUGCUCAAUCCCAUAUCAUCAGGCUGCUCCAAUAGUCGCACUCCUUGGGCCGCUGAGCGUCUGGAACGCACGCAUUUGGGCCGACAAUGGAGCAGGGAUGGUUGAAGUGAAGUUGUGCGUGCCGUGGGUUUGAAUCAUCUGAGGGAUUCAUAGUGAAUGCAGAGAGCAUUCAUUCCAAUUGUGAGCCCCGCGACUCCUUUCAUGUGUGGAAAUCAUUUUUAUCCUUACAGAUAAUAGAACCGCGCAACUUGGAGACUUUUUCCUUUACGCACAUUUGGAUAACACCUUAUUUAGGUAUUUAACAAGCUGUCAUCACAUGGGGAGGAAAGUGUUAAUUAGUUCAAAUAAAAUAAAUGUUAAAUAGAAUAUAUAAAGACUUUGCAUAUUGUUUUCUUGUUCCUGCUGAGAGGAUCUCAGCUUUUUCCAAACUUGGGAAGGAGCAGCGGGCAUGGGAGAGGCGACUCCCGCUCAGUCUGCUGCUGCAGGAACCUUCGUGCCCAUACUGGGUGUAGGGUUAGGAGCCAUGCCCGGUGGGGUGGUGGGCAACGGCCCGAUGCUGGCCACCUCCCGAGGAGGCUCCGCGGUCCCUCCGCUGCACAACGCCAUCGUGGAGCGUCUGCGCGCCCGCAUAGAGCUGUGCAGGAGGCAUCACUCCACUUGUGAGAACCGCUACCAGAGGGGCCAGGCUGAGAGCUCCGACCGGGAGCACGAAAACACCCUGCACCUCCUCAACAUCGUUCAACAGGGUCCAGGGAACCGAAAACCCAAAGGGAGCCGGGGAUCGAACCAGCAACCUCCGGACUACAGCAGGGCCAAUGGGGAGCAGAGGGGCGCAGAGGGCGAGCAGAAGAUGUCCACCCGAAUAGCGCUUGCGGGAUCCCUGCGAAGGAAAUUGGAAGGAAACAACCCUGGACACGUAUCAAAGCAGAAUGGCCUCUCUUGUGGAUUCUCUGGAUCAGACUUUAAGCGUGUCCGUUUGGACGCAGGUGGUCUGGGUCAUGGUUCCUGCAACCAAAACUUAACCCAUCCUCUGCAAGGGUCCUCACCCAUUGGCGUGCAAAGAAAAAACUACAUGAUGCCCCAUGGAAUUGGGUCUGACAUUUUUAACAUGACUCUGAAAGAAAUGAAAAAAGAGCCCCAAGAGAUUCAGUCUUGUGGUCAUUCAAGCUCUGAGAUGAUUUUUGACUUCAAAGAUGAAGGUAGUGGGCAGAUUGACCCAGAACUCCAGGAUCUCUUCGAUGAACUGACAAAGUCAGUGCCUCCACUCAAUGAUCUUGAGUUUGAGAAGAUGCUAAAGCAGGAUGACACGUUUGGUUUGGAUCUUGGUCGACCAAAUUCAGCUGGAGCAGCAUCCACUCUGCUUUCUCCAGUGGAAAAGAUGAUAAAGACCGAGCAGUCGCAGGAUUUUGGACAAGGUCCCAAUGGUUCACCACAGCUUCGGCCUGCCUCAGCAGGUCCCUCAUUCACAUUGAGCAGCACAUCUUCAACCAACUCUUCACAGAAAGCAAAUACCCAGACAGGUCACACAAGAACCAUGCCCUGCUGGCCUGAAAUAUCCCAUGCUCAACAGCUUAAGCAGAUGGCAGCAAACCAACAACAGCCAGGUUCCCUUCUCCAUCACCAACAGCAGACCCAGCAUGUAGGAAUGACGACCUGGCCUCCAUCUAUGAGCACUCAACCCACCACCAGCAGCUUUCCCAAAGCAAAAGUCUCUAACCAGGCCACACUCAGUCAGCAAAAGAUUGGGGCCCAUAAUAAAGGGAUCAGCAACUGCCUCUUUAAGUCAAACGGUCACAAUAGCUCCCAUCAGUUAGACAUGAAGGGUCACAGCUCUAAGCCCACAUUGCACUUCAGCCCCAAAGCACCUCAUUCUGCCAGCCAGCCCAUGUCUAUGUUGACAAAUGCAUUAAACAAAACAGAGCAACAUCAACAGUCACCACCACCGAGCCAGAAUCAGCCACAUUCAGCCCUCCAUUUCCAGAACCAACAGAUCUCAGCGUCAGGACCCACCUGUUUACAGCAAAAAACAGUUCCUGUAGGAUUACCAUUCAGAAUGAAUCAGCAGCAACAGGCUGUUCCUUCUGGUCCGAGGCCGCCCACUAGUGGAAGCUUAGCAGUCCUAUCUUCCCAAUCCCAACCACAGCCAUCAGCGCCUAGCAACCAGCAGAAAGGCCCAGCCAGAGCCCAGUCCAUUCAAAGACAGGCUAACCAUCCCAUCAGCAACACAGACAAAGACAAUUCACAUGAUCAGUUUAGUCGACAUCUCACAAGACCACCACCAGAUUAUAAGCAAUCAAGAAGCUUGGUGGGGAUUCAGCAAGGAAACAUCUUUUCAGGUCAAAAUCCUGCGCAAUCACCCAGCAAUGGCCCUGACAACAACUUGCAACCCAUAUCCUGCCAACUCUCCAGCAGGCCUAACUCAAAGAUGAGCCCUUUGCCAUCAGAUCGCAGAUUCGCUGUACGGCCAGACUGCCAUACAAGUUCUUGUAUCAGCCAAUUCCAGCAGCAAAACAGUCACAAUCAGAUUGGACUGAAUCAAAGUAAACCUAGGUUCAUGGGACCAAACACACAAGGGAAAUCCUUUGGGAUAAACAAUUUAGCAGGUGUGCAACACCAGAGAGCAACAGCUGACUUACAUUCCUCUGGGAUGCCAGUACAGAAUCGUGCAGGCUCAAUGACAAAUGUCAGCCUGGGCUGGGGGUCAGCUAACAAGCAUGUGACAACUGGACUGGGUGUUCGGCGUCCACCCCACCCGCUACAGUCGCAGGGUGUGCAAGACCUGCCGAACCAACCAUACCAGCAGAGACACGUCGGACCACCCAACCAAGUAGCACCAGACGUCGGGAUGCUCCCUCUGAACCCACCCAUAGGAGACACAAGUCAAGCCAGACCAACUCAGGCCAUGAUGGGAUGUUCGUCCCCACUGGGGAACCUGAGCCAGGCCUCUCCAGAGCAAAGGGUACCAGCAGCUAGUUUUCCAGAUGCCAGUCCGAGCUCAAGCAGCUACCAGAACAACCGGUCCAACCGUCUGACCUUUGAUUUCCUCCCCGAAGGGGACAACACAGUCCCAGGGAUCAAUGCUGACUCAGACUUCAUUGACUCUCUGCUUAAGUCAGGCUCUGGGAAUGAUGACUGGAUGAAAGAUAUAAACCUGGAUGAGAUUCUGGGAAGUCACUCAUAGAUUUAGAUCACAGGUUGCAGAAAAUAAACAUGCAGCUCAAUUUAUAGUUUAUAUCUGUAAUGUAGAAGAGACACAAUUUGUAAUUAAUGUUUAAAAGAAUUUUAUAAAUCCAAAUUAAAUGUUAUUCCUGUAUACAGAUUUUGUUAUUAUUUACUGUGAAAUAAAUGUAUGUUUGUGUUCUCAGUAUGUAUUAGUCUUUGGUAUAUUCCCCCAAGAAUCCGCUUUCCCGUUUUUGUUUUUUGUGGACUGUAUUUUAUAAAUUAGUGCUGUGGUUACAAAAUAUAAAUACACACUGUGAAAAGAAAACCUUGCUGUGUUACUUUCUAAGUCCCUUUGCUCUUAUGUUUCUUAACCCACAUUUAGCAUGUUAUAGUAUUUACCCUCCGAUCAUUUUCCACACAGUGAAUUUUCCAAAUCAAAGGUUUACUGAUAUUGUUCAAACAUUUUCAUCUGUGGUAGUUUUAAAUGCUGUUGAAGUAAUGUAACCCUUAUUUUUCUCAUGUAAUAUUUAAUACUCUGAGAAAUUAGGCAGUAUAAUACACGUAGUUAAUAAAAUUUAUUUGAACAAAG